AUGACGGGGAAGAUGCUUCUCUUGUCGGUGCUUCUUGUUAGUUCCAUCACGGUGGUUCACUCGGGCAAAAUACAGACAACUGCCGACUGUACGAUGUACUUGUUGAAGUACGGCUAUGUGCGACCCACCACCGACGGCACUAACGUGAACGAAGAAGAGAUAACAGCGGGCAUCUACAAAUUCCAGAGCAUGGCCAAUAUUCAGGCAACUGGCGAGUGUGAUGAAGCAACGAAGGCGAUGAUGAACAUGCCUCGAUGUGGUUUCCCAGAUUUCGAUGACGAUAUGGACGCAAAGAGAAAGAAACGCUACUCUCUUCAUCAUACAAAAUGGUCCAAGACGGAAUUGACCUAUCGCAUCGACUCAGUGACAUCUGAUAUACCCGACCCAUCCCAUGUGGCAAACACUUUAGCCAAUGCCCUUCGAGUUUGGUCUGCAGUCACGACCCUGACAUUUACCAAUGAUCCUUUGGACGAAGCUGCCGACCUCGUGAUUAACUUCCAUGGACAGGGCCAUGAUGUAGAUGUGGAGUCCGAUGGGCCAGGAGGGGUUCUGGCGUUCGCCUAUUUGCCUGAGGAUGGUACAUCAUUUUUCGAUGACAAUGAAACCUGGAGCAUUAAUAAUUCUCCCCCAGGAGUCGACCUGUUCCAGGUAGCAGUGCACGAGUUUGGCCAUAGCCUGGGUCUGUUGCAUAGUAACAUCACGGAUGCAGUGAUGGCACCUUACUACCGUGGGUAUGAUCCAAACUUCAGUCUUCACGAAGAUGACAUCGCUGGCAUUCAGGCUUUAUACGGAGUUCCAAAUACAACUGCAGAAUUGAACAGCACUUCGGAACCAAUUAUCACCAUAGACACAAGCCAGGAGCCAACCUCAAAUGAGCCAACGACCACUCCUAGGCCAACAAGCACUUCACAAUCAUCAACCACAACAGGGUUCACAACCAUAUCUGAAACCACAACCACACCAGAACCAACAUCCACACCGCAACCACCAUCCACACCACAGAUACCAUCCACACAACAACCACCAUCUACACAACCACAAACGACACCACAACCACCAUCUACACAACAACUACCAACAACGCAACAACCACCUUCUACACAACCACUAUCCACACAACCACCAUCCACACAACCACCAACCACACCACCCGGACAAGGAGUUUUGUUUCCAUUCGGAGUCGAGGCGGGAGACACGUUUCUUCCACCCAAUGACGACGGAAGUUCGGGAAGCAUUUCUUUAUCUUCAAGUUUUCCAUUGUACAGUUACAACCAUGAUUCUCUCUUUGUGAACACAAAUGGUGUGAUUUCCUUCCUGGUCGAAGUCUCGGGGUUUACCCCGUUAUCAUUUCCGCUGGAUGGUGACAGACGCUUGGUGGCGGUAUUCUGGGGGGACGUGAAUACCAACUCUGGGGGAAGCGUGUCUUACCGUGAACUUCAUCCUACCGGCAACCAAGAGCUAUUUGACCGUUCAAAUACUAUCAUCAGACAUGCAAGCGACCAUUCUCAGUUUUCAGCAUCGUGGAUGUUUAUCGCGACGUGGAACGAAGUACCUUUUUACGGAGCUAGUUCAGCAUUUGAAAUAACCAACACAUUUCAGGCUGUGCUCGUGACCGAUGGCAGCCUUUCCUUUGCCAUUUACAACUAUGAGGACAUUCGCUGGACGACCGGCACAGCAAGCGGUGGAAGCUCCACUGGACUGGGCGGUACCCCAGCUCAGGUUGGAUUGAAUAGUGGUGACGGCGUCAAUUACUGCAGUCUUCCCGAUUCCAGAACGGAUGCGAUCGUUGACGUUGACCUACAGACAAACAUCGGCACAACAGGGCGCUUUCUGUUUCGUGUCGACAGUACUAGCGAAAUCGAUAACGGUUGCGACAUAUUGAAUGACCCUGACGAUUGUGACCCCAACCCUUGUGAGAACGGUGGGAUAUGUGCUGAUGGUUUUCGAAUGUACACUUGCACAUGCGUCAAUGGAUACACAAGUGCCAACUGCUCAAUACCACCAGUUAUCGACGAAUGCGAUCCAGCUUCGCCGUCACAUAACUGCGAUGUGGAUGCCAUUUGUACUGACACUCGUUAUAGUUUCAUAUGCACUUGCUCGGCUGGAUAUGCUGGGAACGGCACAUUUUGUACAGAUGUACAGUCGCCAAACAUCACAUGUCCCACCGACCAGACAGUUUAUACCAACUGUCGCAAGACCUAUUCAACAGUGUCACUACCGGACGCAGAUUUUGCUUCGGACAACUCGGGAGUAUAUUUCGUCUCCAUUGAAGUGCAUGGGUCUGCUUAUCAGGCUUCCGACACUGUCAAUCUCGAUUUUUCGGCGUCACCUUAUUUGCUGCGCUACACUGCUACUGACGAGGCAGCUAAUUAUGCAGAGUGUGACAUGAACAUCACAGUUGCUGAUGAACCAGAGUCAGCCGAGGGAGUUGAGUGCACUGGUCCAGCUGUGCCCUAUCCUAAUUGCACAGACAUUGAUGAGUGCGAUCCAGGGCACUCGGGGCCACGCUGUGAAGCCGAGAGCACAGUUCAGUGUCCCGAGGUUGGUAACACGUGUCUUGACGAAGGGGUUUCAUCAGUGUCAGUCGGUUGGACACUAUCGGCAGACUUAGACCCAAGUUCGGAUGAUAUCACUUGUAGAGACUUGACUGAUGGAGCCACAGUGAAUAUUACAGGUGGAGUGUUUGGAAUAGGGCCACACCACGUGGUUUGCUCGUCAAAUGCUGGUGCCUUUGGAGAUUGCCUCAUUUCAUUCGGUGUUUCGUCAUACCCAAGACUCGCAGUACCAGCAGUGGGUGAUCAGUGUACUGAACCAGACACGGACACAGCUACAGUGACAUGGACCGAGGUUCAUGCCACGGACGCUGGGGAAGUCACCAUCGAUUGCACAAAUUAUGGUGAUGGCGUCGGUGUCGAUCUUACAGGAGGUGUAUUUGGAGUGGGAAACCAUACCGUCACCUGUACUGUUACCAAUGACCUAGGCUGUGUGACUUCAAAGAACUUCACCUUCACUCUCUAUAAGAAUCAUCUGUUCACGUUUGGUGCCGAGGUUGGUGACUUCCUCCUGUCAAAUGUACCCCAGCAGAGAGUUGUGGUGCAGUAA